UAAAAAAUUAUUAUGUUGACCCACUUCUAUUUUAAAUAAUAUCUCUGAUCUCAUCGACUAAUAAUAGCUAGCUAGCUAGCUAGCUACGUCUAGGUUAUCGAUUUAAAAUCGUGUACAGCUAGAUCUAUACCUAUUACUUAACAGCAAAUUAAGCUUAUUUCAUGAUAUUUUUAUGUGUAUUGUUGACUGGGAGUACGAGUCAUGACAGACCUUGCCAAAGAGAAGUGGUACCAUGGUCGUAUCUCACGUGUGGAUGCUGAGAAGAUCCUUGAUGCACAGGGGGCUGCUGAAGGAAUGUAUCUAGUACGUGAUAGUCUCACGAUGACUGGAGAAUAUGUGCUCUCCAUCUGUUCCCAGGGUAAGAAGUACCACUACAUGAUCUCUAGACACCCUGAGGGUACGGUAGCAAUACAAGACGGGACGAAGUUCAGUACACCGGUGGAGCUCAUUCAAUACCACACUAAGAAAGUGGAUGGUUUGCUGACCACACUGAAGAGGCCCUGUUAUCGUGGUCCUGGUCAGCCACCUCAAGGGUACAGGUUCAUCACACUGGAAGAGAUGCAGAUCGCAAUGAGAGAAGCAGCUCUUCAGCUGGGGUAUCAGGAACAUCAAGUCAAUGAUGCUCUACUGAAACGACGCAGUGCCUUCGAGCAACUUGUUGGAGGAAUUCUUCAUCGUAAACAGCUCUGGUUUCAUGGUGCUACAUCGCGAGAGGAAAGUGAGAGAAGAAUUCGAAUGUAUGGAAUUUGUGAUGGAACAUUCCUGGUUCGCGAGCGGACUCAAGUCAACAGUUUUGCCCUCUGUGUUUGCCACGGCAGUCAGAUUUAUCAUUACCUUCUCGAUAUGAACUCACUAGGACAGUUGUCAAUUGAAAACGGAAGAAGAUUUGAGAACUUGUUGCAAGUUGUUGAUCACUAUUCCCGGACUCCUGAUGGGCUGUUGUGUUCCUUAGGAGAAGUGUGCCCUGUGUCCAUGUUCUCAGCUGAAGAGUCUGCCUCCCGUGUGCAGCAUGGGCCCAGACGAAUUGAUGUGUCGGAGAUCACUGUUCAAGGAGAGCUAGGGGCUGGAACGUUUGGAACAGUUCGUGCUGGUAUAUACAAACCCAAAACUGGCGGACCAGAGGUCAAAUGUGCUAUUAAAUCCCUCAAGCCUGCUGACGAACUCCCUAAUCAAAAAUCGGAAAUACUACGAGAAGCAGAUGCGAUGGCAAUGUUGGAUCAUCCACAUAUAGUGAGACUGUAUGGUAUAUGUGUGAGCAAUCCCAUUCGUCUCGUGAUGGAGUUAGCACCGCUUGGACCACUCAAUAAAUUUUUGCGAAGACAUCCAUCGCUUUCAGCAAGCAAGAUCAUGAACAUGAUGGUAGAGGUGACUCAAGGGAUGGAGUACUUGGAGAAAAUGAGAUUUGUUCACCGUGACUUGGCUGCAAGAAACGUUCUCGUUGUUGAUGAAGAAAAUGUUAAAAUUAGUGAUUUUGGGAUGUCACGAGCUAUUGGCAGUAAUAACUACUACAGAGCUGAGACUGCGGGUAGAUGGCCUCUGAAAUGGUAUGCUCCAGAGUGUAUCUACUUUGCCAAGUUUGACAGUAAAUCUGAUGUAUGGAGCUAUGCUGUGACAGUGUGGGAAGCUUUUUCUUAUGGAUCCAAGCCAUACUCAGGGAUGCAAGGUCAGGACAUUAUGCAAAUGCUGGAACACAAUAGAAGGCUGGAUCGACCAGACAAGUGUCCCCCUCCAGUUUAUGACAUCAUGCUCAGAUGCUGGUCUUGGAAGGCUGAGGAUCGUCCCACAUUUUCAGAACUAUCAACAAUUCUGAAGGAGAUCUACCUGUACCUACAAAACGAAUCCAGCCAACCCCCUCCACAACCCCCAAAACGUCCACCCAGGGGGGGUUAGCUCUUAAUCACAAUCCUCACACGUGGAACUAACAUUGUAGUCUGUCACUGUCCAUGUUCUCUCACAUGAUUGUGUUUCAUGCAUGUGAAUACAAUAACAUUUGUAGCUUUAUGUCUAAUUAAUUUUUAUUUAACCAGGUUUAAUUUUUCGGGUGCUCUGAAUAAAAAGUUUAGUUUUUCACUGUA